GCCUGCCGAGCCGUAAGCGGAUCUUUACCUACUCAAGUAAAAACAGCGUUGAAUUUUACUCAUUUUUGUAUUAAUCUCCUGGUGAGUAUUUUUAACCGAGAGAUUUUUUCCCCUAUCUUUUUUUUUAUUUUUUUCCUGACUUUGAGCCGUCUUUGGGACUUUUUGUUUUUAUUUUUAAUGCAUUUUUCCUGGCUGGUAUUCUUGAGACUGUGUUGGCUUUAGUGGCGUACAUUUUGUGAUGGCAGUAUGAGCUGCGCAGAAACUAGUUUUAAGUAGCUUCCACAACAAGAUUUUUGCUUUUGUUUUUCGAAUAAGACAUUUGAAAACCUCCAUUUUUCAGGGCUGCUGUGUUACCGUAUUGUUUAUCUGAUUGUGGUCGUAUUUUCGAGGAAAGAAAUAUGGAAGAUUGUUCCAGUCGUUUCUGGACAGUGUUCAAAGCGGGUCGCCCUUUUUCUGGAAAUAUGUUUUUAAAAUGUUUUUUACUGUCGUCCUGUGUUUUGCCCCCACCCGUAACUCGAUUUGCAGUCGUUUACAUUGACUCAUAAGACGUGUUUUUCGUAUUUUCUUUGUGAUUUUGGCAGUGCUGAGGCAGUAGCCUAUAUUUUCUGCUGCAAAUCUCUCAGGAAUGAUGUAGCCUAAUUUUUGAGGCAAGAUAUUUUUUCCUUAAUGAGAAGUGGGCCCGUUUUUAAGGAACAUUAACACAACAGUGUUUUGAUGUAUUGUGCAGUCAUGGACCUGGGAUUUCUGUAGCAUUGGUGCGACAUAAUUUUUUGAAGCCACUUUUUUGAACAACGGCAAAUCAAAAACAAAGAUACCUGCUCUUGAUAAUAAUGAUGUCACCAUUAUCACCCCGAAUAAGUCAGACAGGCAGGCAGACCUCCACCGACCCGAUUACAGACAUAAUGGACCUAAUGGCCAGCAGCAACGUGACCAACAAGACUGACCCGCGCUCCCUCAACUCCCGCGUCUUCAUCGGCAACCUCAACACCUUGCUGGUCACCAAGGCCGACGUGGAGGCCAUCUUCUCCAAGUACGGCAAGGUCGUCGGCUGCUCCAUCCACAAGGGCUACGCCUUCGUGCAGUACUCCAAUGAGAGGAACGCCCGGACUGCCGUGGCCAGUGAGGACGGCCGCAUGAUCGUGGGACAGGUGCUAGACAUCAACCUGGCAGGCGAGCCGAAACCUCACAGAUCGAAGACAGUGAAGCGUUCUGCGGGAGACAUGUACAGUUCAUCUAUUGAUUUGGACUAUGACUUUCAAAGAGAUUACUAUGAUAGGGUGUACUCCUACCAGUCCCGGGUGCCUCCUCCCCCUCCUCCCCUGUCCCGCGCUGUCAUUCCCUCAAAGCGUCCGAGGGUCAGUCUGAGCGGAGGAGGGAGCCGACGGACCAAAACCAGCUUCUCCUCUUCCAAGAGCAGUCAGAGGACCUCCCGUACGAUGAAGGCAGAUGAUCUGCAGACCAUCAAGAGAGAGCUCACCCAGAUCAAACACAAGGUGGACUACCUGCUGGAGAGCCUAGAGCGCAUGGAGAAGGACCACAGCAAGAAGUCCGAGAUGAAAAGCAGCAAACCGGAACCAGGUGAGCUGUCCUCCCUCAACUCCUCCUCCUCCAGCAAGAAAGAUGACAGCCUGAAACGGGACAGAGAGAGUCAGGAGCUGAACGACUCAGAGGACGAGGGAGAUCUGCUGGAGGACGAAGACGAGAUGAAAAGCAGAGGGAGAGAGGAGGAGGAGGAUGAGGAUGAGGAGGAGGAGGAGGAAGGCGAGCAGGAGGAAGGAGAGGACGACGGCGAUAGCGCCAACGGAGACAACUCCUAAACACUACACAGGCAGACAGACACACACACAUACACAAAACAAAUUGUGUAUGAUUGUAUCUCCACACUAGACUUGUACACAGUGAUCAUGCGCUCAUAUCUGCUGAAUUGACUGGACAUUUAUAUACAGUGUAAUGUAGAUAUUGCUCUCUCACACAUACACAAAUCCUUAAAUACUGUAUGUCAAGUACUUGUUUCUGGAUUUUACAAUUUUCUUUCAAGUUGGUAAUUUGAAGUUGCCUACCUUUUUUCCUGAUUUUUUUCUUCUUUUUUUUUUUUACUUUUGUUUUAUUGGGCAUGUUCUGCAAUUGGAUAAAUGCAGACUGAUGUGUUACAUCCAGACAAAAUGCAAGUUCAGUUGAGGAUAAAUGUAACGUUGUAUAACAUUGUAUGUUUGAACUCAGGGCUAUAAGCCACAGUAUAAAAAGUUGAAAGAAAGCCCCUAUUAGUAAUUAUUUUUUAGAUGAUUGUGUUGACCAACAAAUUACCACCUGGCAGUGGCUGACAUUGAACAAAUCCAGAAUAAAAACAUGCAACGGUCAGUCUUGAGACAAAAUACCAGACUUGGUACUAUAGCCCAGGCUUAAAAAUGUGUAAAAUUUACAAUAUAUUCCUGAUCCAGCUGCUGUACAGGUGCCUCAAACCAGCAGGUGGCAGUGUAUCAUAACAACUGGCCACUCAAAAGACCACAAGGACUUAUUUCUGUCAGAAAAUCUUCACCUUCUGCUUGUCUGAUAACAACAUGAGCCUAUACAAAACCUCACUUCAGACUGCACAAAUGCUCAGACAAAAUUCUCAUUGCUCUGAAAAUAGUUAUGUUUGUUGCCGAAGUGUUGCGACCUUAAUUGACCUUGACUUGUGUAAUGCAGUGCUACUCCAUGUUUGUCUGUUUCUGUUGAUGUUCUGUUUGUCAUUUAACUGCACUGGUAAAAGUGAAUAAACAUGUUUUCCAAGUUGGAACCUA